AAUUUUAGUUUGACAAAAUUCUAAAAACUACCUAUAAAAAAUCUAUAUAUCAAGAUAUUGCAUAGCAAAUACUUCAAAUUGUGCAUUUAUUUUUAGCCAGCUUUGGUGAACAGCGUACUAGUCGUUGAACAGAUUCAUUGCAUUAACAGAAAUUGGUAUUUUGCAAACCAGUUUUUUCAGAAUGUUAUUAACAAAUAAGUGUGCGCAGCAUGGACUGGGAAUGGGCUUUCAAAAAGUUGCAAGUCUGCUUAAUAAGCGAACAUAUUCUUGGGUGGUAACGGCCGCCGGCUUGAAGUUAACAACAAAAACAUUGAAUGCCGCUGAAUCAAGGGGGAAGUGGGGAGGCAGCGAACCGUUGUGGUGCAGCAGCAACAGCAACAGAUACGCGAGCUCAGUUCUCUAUCCGACAUCAACGAAAACAGCAGCAACAGCAGCAACUGGUGUUAUUGGCAAUUACAACAGACAACAAGCACUCACUUUAACCACAAAAGCAGCGACAAAACGCAAAAUGGUGGCCAAACUAACCGAACAAGAACGUUGUGAGAAACUGCAGCCACUGCUGGACGCAGGCUGGACUUUGGUUGAGGGACGUGAUGCCAUUUACAAGGAGUUCCAAUUGAAGGACUUUAAUCAAGCUUUCAGCCUAAUGACUGGAGUUGCCUUGUUGGCCGAGAAAAUCAAUCAUCAUCCGGAGUGGUUCAAUUGCUACAACAAAGUGCAGGUGACUCUGAGCACUCAUGAUGUUAAUGGCCUCAGUAGCCAAGAUAUUCGCAUGGCCAACUAUUUGGAGGCCCAAGUCAAGUUGUUAAACUAAAUUGUUACUGUAUAUGCUAUUUGUAUCUUAAUGCCUGUUUAUUUGGAAAUGAAAUAAUUAGCCCAAUGUGGACUUACUUAAUAUUUGAUACUCCUCCAGUUUCAUCACAUCUGGCGAAGUUCCAUCCGUAAUAUAACCGAUGCUUUUAAAGAACUUUUGCGAAUUAUCAUUAUUAUUUAAUACGGUGAGCAUUACUUUUUCUAGACUCCAAUGGCGGGCGCAAGCUUCAAGAGUUUGCAUCAUGAAUUUUCCGAGACCUUUUCUUCGAUAGUCUGGAGAUAUUUGUAUCUCAUAGCUAAUUAAAAAUAAUUAUUAGAAAAGCACAAUUACAGUUUUAACAUUUACAGUUACCAAUAGAGCACGCAGUCGCCAUCAUCCAUGUCGAAGCGAAACAUUGUAUAGGCCACAGGUUGUUUUUGUUGGUUCAGAGCAACUAAGUAGCGUGCCCAAUUCUUGUUUAGCUCCGAUUGUUUUAUUUUCGGCUUCCAGCCCAUUUUUAAUGCCUUGUAAAAAGGACCAACAUUCUGCUCAGCCAAUUUGAAUGCCCAUUUCAGAGUCUUAUCAUCCAUGUCGCCUUUGGUGCGGCAAUAUAGUUUAAACUCCUCGCCUGCAUUAGAUUUGUAGCUAUCAUAUGUCAGUUUUUCAAGUGGGUUCUUUUCCCUCGCAGCUGCUUGUAUUAAUUUGUGCUUUGCACCGGCGCUGAGUUCAUCACGAUGGGCCAUUAUUGCUUAUUUUACUGUUUAACAGUGAAUUAAUAUUGUUUAAAUGAUUGUUAAGACAGCGAGUGGUCUACUAAAAAGCGGGAAACCAGUGCUGACAAGCUCUCAUAGUAGCAAUACAACUCUGAAAAUAUUAGCCAGCACUCCCAAUAAGGUAUUUCUCCAAUAAGAAACACAUAUUCAAGAGUUCAUCGAUAUAUUGUUAUCGAGUUUUCUCCAUCGCUAACGACGGACAAGCUGAUCCAAAUGUAAACAACAACAUAUACAUAAACAGUCUCGUCUAACAAACAGAAACACGUAUUACAAAAAAAUAAAACAAGUCGAGAGUUAUUUUUUUGCUAAUAACUUACAGGAGCAAGCAACUUUUCAAGAAAU